AUUAAUUCAAUUCUAACAUGGAGGCCAAUCUACGUCUAAACUUUGCUUAAGUACUAUCUCAAAAUUUAAUCUUGAUUUUACAAUGUACAUUUAUUCUAUUUCACGCCUUUAUCGAUUAUAAUUCUCUUACGAUGGAUGCUUUGAACAAUUCCACAUAUAUGACUGAAUUUGUCAAGCUGGAUUUCCCCAAAUUUAGUAGCGAUGACAGCGUCUACAUAGGGAAAUUGCAGAAUCUCUUCAACACCAGCAAGAUCUCCAACGGAGAAAAGUCCGCUUUAUUUUUCCGAAGUCUUCCUGAUGACGAAUUCAAUAAUAUUGGGGCAAUUUGCACUGAGGAAGACUUCCAGGAUCUAAUCGCCCUGCUUGGCAAAUUCAAGUUACAACAUCCAUCGAAGACCGGGAACGCUAAACUAUCAUUAUUUUAUGCUGCAACUCAAGGCAAGGAUGAGACAUUCUCGGCUUGGGUCAUGCGCGUAGCACGACUCAAUAAAGAAUGUAAAUUUAAUGGCAUUCAGAGAAUUAUUGAGAAAGUGAGAGUAUCUUCGUAUUCCAAAGAUGUCAGGAAAGCGGUCAAGAGCUCUAUGACCAUAGAAGACAUUUACAAUCUAGGUCUAGAGGAAGACACCGCGGACCCAAGUGGCAUCAAGGUGAAAUUGUUACAUUUUAAUAUAUCACCUGGUGUACAAGAGGUUAAUCAGAUGGGCAGAGUCAAAAAUAGUUAUGUAACAACAAAUUCCAUUCAGGACUCUCACGCACAUAGUAAAUCUCUUAUCAAGCAACCCCAGUUCAUCAAUGACAAUCGCCCCGCACAUCAUUUCGAUGAACGUUACGAUUUACGAUGCGACUAUUGCCGUGACAAACGAUUUGAUGAACGUUAUGAUAUACGCUACGACAACGACAGCGACAAACGAUUCAACGGACGGCACAGCAACUUCCACGACAAUCGUUUUGAUCAAAGCUACGAUAAUUGUCACUAUAACCACAACAGUUUCGAUAAUCGCAACGAUAACUACUACGACGAUCGAUACAACAAUAGCGGGUACAACGUCCAUGGCAAUCGCCAUGACUCUCAUUGUGACCAUCAUCAAAGCCCUGAUCGACGAGAUGACUGCUAUAGAGGUGAUAAACGAACCAACUAUCCGUGUCGUGGUCAGCACAGACACAGCCCUCAAAAUAUUAAUGGUUUUCCGAAAUAUUCGUCGAGGCCCAACCAGUACAAAAAUGACAAUAACACUUACAAUAGAUCUUCUGAUCACAAAUAUCGUGAUUGUCAAUUGAAUACGAACCACGCUAUGAACAUCGAAGUAAUCGAUGAUGACGACGACUCAAACACAGACCUUAAAGAAUAUAAUCUGCAGAAUUUGGAAGUCUACAAUAGGGGGGUCAAGGAUACCAUAUAUGACGCGUACAACGUGACAGUGAGCAUCAACAACAUACCCACGUUGAUGCAAGUUGACACCGGUACCAGGUACAGUAUACUUUAAGACUGUAGGCAUAACCGCGAUACGUAAGACGGACAUGAGACUCACUGGUUAUGACGGCAGUGCUAUCAAGAUAUUAGGUCUUGUCAAUGUGAACGUUAAGUAUGAAGGAAGCUCACAUACACUGGAGGCUAUUGUAGUGGAUUGUGAUAAGAUCUCCCUGCUAAGACGUAUGUGGCUCCACACCUUCAACAACAUUUUAAAAACGUUCUUAGUGGGUAAUGUAGAGAAUAAUCUCGAGAAAAUAAUCUCGACAACAAAAAAAGACCUCGCAUCAACUUACUCCUACAAACCCAAAAUGGUCAGACAAGAGAAAGUUCACUUAAAGCCCGAUGCUGUGCCUAAGAUCAUACUAAAAUGAAAAAAACCCCUUCUAAACCUUGAAAAGCGGAUGCCAUGGUGCGCUGAAAUAUUGGAGCGGAUACGCUGAGGCCAAAAGGCAAUCGACAAAACGAAAAUAAACCCUUAGAUGUGGAGAAUUCCGUGCGCCAAGAUCAAUGCAACGACUCAGAAAUUGGAUUGCUGGCUGAAGCACGACAAAAUAAACCUUGCUCGAAAGGAAUCUAGAUGUUCAAUGCCAGGCACGAGCGAUCCGGUUUGGAUAUCUAGGGGUUGUCUUUACUUUACCAAGCCAUCGUUCUGUUUGAAAAGAAGACUGCACCAUGAACAUGGGUAGCGUAUUGCGUGGUGAUCAUGAAUGUUUAUGACGUUACCACUCAACUGAUCCAAGGAAAUCAUAAGCCGAAUUUCUUUGGAGGGUGGAAUGUUGAAUAUGUUGAUCGAUGUUAUUUCAUUAUUUAUUUUGGCAAUUGAUUUAUUUUUUAUAUAUCAAUUUUUAUUUAAAUUUAA